AGAUUUGAUUCUACUGCCUUUGUCUUGUGGUGAAACAAGACAUCCGGCGUCUGCGAUUCUCAAAUCCGAAUCCGCACUCCGCAGAAUUGGGAGAAAAUCAGUUCUGUCGCUCAAAUACUCACGUGGAUUUGCAGUUUUGUAUGUCAAACAAAGAGAUAGACACACCCCAACCAAUUAGGCUUCUUGAAUUUUGAAUUUUUGUUCACUCUGUAGUCGAAUCCAACCGCCAUGAAGUGGUACGCUAGUAAUAAUAAUUGAAAAGAGAAAUUCAUUUCCUUACCAAGCGGGAGUAAUGGAUGACACAAAAAAAACAGUGUCAUUGUACGUCGACAACGGGUACGAAGGAAGAGGCGCCGGGGGAAAGUUUCGGAAACCGUCAGGGAGGAAGCUACCGGCCAAGCCUUAUUACCGUCCGCCGCCGACCAAUAAUCAAAAUGGCCGGGGCUGGUUGUCGAAAAUUGUCGAUCCUGCCUGUCGUCUUAUAACUGGCGGCGCCACCAAGAUCUUCCCUUUAUUCUUCUCCAAAUCGGCCUCCUCUCCCGCUCUUCCUCUAUCGGAGAACAAUGAUAGACCGGAUGCUGAACUGCCAGCAAAUGCUGAAGAUAGUGUCAAUGGCAGUACAAGUUCUCUACCUUUCAGAUCUGCUGAAAUAGGUGGUCCAAGUGAAGUUGCUGAUGGAUUGAACCUAGUUUUUGAUCACAAUGAGUUUGGACAAGACAAAGUAAAAACUUCUAGUGAUGGUACUGACUUUUCCAGGUUCGAGCAGCUGUUGAAAGGAAAAACUUUUUCCAAAGAGGAAAUCAACCAUUUGCUAGAAAUAUUGAAUUCUAGGGUGGACAUGGAGGGGGAAAAGAAGAAUCCUAGUGGAGAAGAUGCUGAACGGGUUUUGUUGACACAAGAAAUUCCUAGAACACCAGUUGAAGAAAGACAACAAGAUACAAACAGACCUCUCAUUGGAACUCCUAUUCAAAAAUCAGAUGUUACACGGUCACCAAAAAUCCCUAGAACACCACUUGAGAGAAAGCAGGAAGACAGAGACAGACUUAUUGCAACUUCUCUCCAAAAAGCAGAUGUUAAAGAUGCUAUUGGUGCCUCCCCAGUUGAUAUUGCUCAGGCAUAUAUGGGUAGUUGUACCUCAGAACGAGGCCAUGACCCCUAUAGUUUCAUGUCAAAAAGCAGAAGAGCUCAACAAUUUAGCAAUGAAUUUGCAACAAAGCCAAUUAUGCCACCCCCUUCGCCUAAACCAUCCAUUUGUUGGCCUGGUGCCGAGGUACAUGAUGGUCGUGGUUAUGUAACACCGCAGAGUCAAAGAGGCAGAUAUGGACAUUUUGAUUUUCCUAGAACCCCAUAUUCUAGAACCAUAGCAUCCAAGUCUAGAGACAAGUUACAGGCUGAUAGCAAGUUCCAGAAUAGAUCAUCUACUCCCUUUCAGCAAGCUCAUACAUCCAUUUAUGGGCAGGUGAAAUGGGGGUGAUGCAGUUGAUAGCUAUGGGUCUGUGGGGCCUAUUCGUCGGAUUAGGAAUAAGUUUGCAUCAGAAGUUCGACCGAGAGGAUCUAUUUUCCACAAAUCAUCUAUAGAUGCUCAUCCUGAAAUGGUAAAAUCAACUUUUUCUGAAGGUCUCUUGCCUAGUACAGAAACGAAAUUGGAACGUGGUGAAACAAGUAGUGCUUCUAAGUACAUGAUAGAGGAACCUGCUGUAGGUGGCUCUGAAUCAGGAUUCAAAAAUCUAAAUCAGUCUUCUUCUAGUGAGGCAGCUAGAAAAAUAUUAGAACAUCUUGACAGAAACAAACCAACGCAUAAAGAAAAGGCAGCUGAAUUGAAGCUUGCCACUACAUGGAGAAAAACUCCUGAUGAGGCUUCUGAUACCGUUCCCAAGGCAAAUGUCAGCUCAUUGCAGUUUGGAGAACUUGGUUCUCAUAAGAACGCCAGUUUCGUCAGCCAGAAGAUUCCCAGGGAGUUCAAAAAUGAUAGCAGCAAUGCAAGUUUUCCAGUUCAAUUUCAGGAGAAAGGCGGGGAUGAAGUUAAUUGGAAUGCUAAUGAAAAUGCCAAAGCUUCUAAUACCGGAGUGCUUUUUCCUAGUAUGAUCCCUGGUUCCAAUGAAAUACCGACUUUUGGUUUUAAGAAAACUUUUGAUCCCCAGGUCAAGAAUUUGGACAAGAAGUCUUUCGUCAUAACCAGCAAUGGGCAGAAGGAGAUGACCAAUCCCACUGGCCUUGUGCCAUCCAAGGAUCAGUCGACUCUUUCUCAUGGAAAAAAAAAUCAAUUUUGCCAUCAAUUUCCAUCGGCAGGCCCAAUCCCUAUGCAGUUUCUUCUGAUAAUGGCCGUGGCUUCACUUUCCCCGUUUCUGCAAGUUCAGGGUUCCUCUCUGAACCGCCAACUCCUUCUAUAGUGCGUUCAUCUUCAACAAGUGCUCCAUCUCAGCCAAAGGAUGUGACUGCUGCUGUUCCUUUUUACAGUUUUGACACAAAUAAGUCUACUUGUCUUGUUUUCUCAUUUCCGUCUACAAGCAGUAUCUCAGAACCCCAUGCUUCUGAUCUUAAGUUUCAGUUUGGAUCAGAUAAGAAGGCUAGAUUAUCUUUUAGUUCCUUAGGGAAAGACACCAUCUGCUGCUGAUCAUGUGGGGUUAGUUUUAUUAGUUUCUUUUUCUACUGUUACUGUUUUUAUAUCUUCUAAUUUUUUCUUCGACAUC